AACAGCUGUGUCAGGGAGUGUCUGUGCCCUGGGCGUUGCUAUUUCCAAAUCAGUGUUCCUUCAUGUGUGUGACCACCCACUGGUGAUCCAGCGACUAGAACUUUGCACCCUCCCCCAGCUCCUCCCACUCCUCCAGAAGUUGUCAGGAAUUCCCCAACUCAAGACUGCCUCAAGCUCACAGAAGGUUGCAGGAGGAGUGCCCAGACCUGGUGAUGUCCUGGAAAGAGCACCAGCAUUCUGGAUACUAGGUUGGGUGGCAGCAAACUUUCGCAGGUCCCUGCCUCUCUUAGACAACCAUGGCUUCAAAGCGAAGGCCUUCAGUGAAGACUGAGCACCCUGAGAAGAAAAAGGGGCGUCAGGGGCCCGGGAAAGAGGACAGCUUUCACUCCACUGCUGAGGCCCUCAGGGCUGCACCCACAGAGAAGCGCAUAAUCCAUGUGGACCCCAACUGUCCACUGAGCAAUAGCCCUGGCACCCAGGUCCAUGAGGACUAUGACUGUACCCUGAACCAGACCAACAUCAAGAAAAACAACAACAAGUUCUAUGUCAUUCAACUGCUGGAAGAUGGCAAACACUUCUACUGCUGGAACCGCUGGGGCCGCGUGGGAGAGGUGGGCCAGUCAAAGAUGGACUGCUUCUCCUGCCUAGAGGAUGCAAAGAAGGUCUUCGAGAAGAAGUUUCAAGAGAAGACCAAGAAUCAAUGGGCGGAGCGGGACCACUUUGUGCCCCACCCUGGCAAGUACACACCUAUUGAAGUGCAAGGAGAAGCUGAGAUCCAGGAGGCCAUGGUGAAGGUAGGUGGAGGCCCAGCAGGGACUGUGGUUAAGCGGGUACUGCCCUGCUCUCUGGACCCUGCCACCCAGAAGCUCAUCACCAAUAUCUUCAGCAAGGAGAUGUUCAAGAAUGCCAUGACCCUCAUGAACCUGGAUGUGAAGAAGAUGCCCCUAGGGAGGUUAAGCAAGCAGCAGAUUGCACGGGGCUUUGAGGCCUUGGAAGCACUGGAAGAGGCGCUGAAAGUCCCUGCAGAUGACGUCCUGGAAGAGCUGUCCUCCCGCUUCUACACCAUCAUCCCACACAAUUUUGGCCGCAGCAAGCCCCCACCCAUCAACUCCCCAGAGCUUCUGCAGGCCAAGAAGGACAUGCUGCUGGUGCUGGCAGACAUUGAGCUGGCCCACACCCUGAAGGUGACCUGUGAAGCAGAGGAGAGAGUGGAGGAGGUGCCACACCCACUGGACCGAGACUACCAACUCCUCAAGUGCCAGCUUGAGCUGCUGGAUUCUGAGGCACCCGAGUACAAGGUGAUACAGACCUACUUGGAGCAGACAAGCAGCACCCACAGACGCCUGGCUCUGCAGCACAUCUGGAAAGUGAACCGGGAAGGCGAGGAAGACAGGUUCCGGAUCCAUUCCAAGCUGGGGAAUCGGAGGCUGCUGUGGCAUGGCACCAACGUGGCUGUGGUGGCUGCCAUCCUCACCAUGGGACUCCGCAUCAUGCCACAUUCUGGUGGCCGUGUUGGCAAGGGCAUCUACUUUGCCUCGGAGAACAGCAAGUCAGCUAACUAUGUUACUGCCAUGUACAAUGGGAGCCACCAGGUGGGUUACAUGUUCCUCGGUGAGGUAGCCCUGGGCAAAGAGCACCGCAUCACCGUGGAUGACCCCAGCUUGAACUGCCCACCCCUCGGCUGCGACAGUGUCAUUGCCCAAGGAUGCACAGAGCCUGAUCCUACCCAGGACAUUGAACUGGAGCUGGAUGGCCAGCGAGUGGCUGUGUCCCAGGGCCGGCCCAUUGCGUGCCCACAAUUCAGCAGCUCUCACUUCUCCCAGAGUGAGUAUCUCAUCUAUCAGGAGAGCCAGUGUCGCCUGCGAUUCCUUCUGGAGGUUCACCUCUGAGCCGCUGCCACACUCCAGGUCCUGUGAGGGCUGGACCAGGAUCAUCCGUCAUCUUCUCCAUCUCUGUCACCCCACAUCACUGCUUCCUUUUUCAAGAAUACAUGUAUGGCUAGUAUAUUGGUACAUGGCUAUAAUCCCAAUAUUCAGGAGGCUAGGGAAGGAAGGUCACUUGGGCCCAGGAGUUGAAGCCAGUCAGGACAACGUAGUGAAACCUGUAUACGCUCAUGGCUCUGAUGAACAUUUUGGUCAACAUUAGACCAUCUGUAUGAUGAUAAUCUGCAAGAAUACUUCACCUUGUAACCAUCUUAGUUUGCAUACUCUGUGAUGUCCACACCAUAACUGAAUCACCUGUUCCUGAGCCACCUAGGAACUAAGGUGGCUAAGCAGUGACUCCCUGCACUAUUAUGGCUCAUAGCUAGCUAGGUGACCCGCACAGGUGCUCACAGGGAGGGCUCUGGGCCGGGAUUGGAUUAUGGACACCACUGCUGACUUGCUAUUGCUAUUAGAAGGUCGGGUCUAAUCAGAAGCAGCAGGCUUCUGAGAGCGUGACCCGGAGGGGUGUACCUCCUUCAUGGGUGUGCUUCCCAGCAACCAUGACAAAAGCAGCGUUUUCUCCACCAUGCCCCUCUGCUGCGCUGUUGAUGGCCCUGGGGCAGCUGACAAAAUAAGCCUCUCCUUUAUGUUCGGGUCUCAGCUAUUAUAUCUCAGUGAUGAGAAAGUUUCCAGGACAAUCACCAUGGCCUGUAGUUACCAUGUGGUACAAUACACUUCUUGACUUUA